AUGGCGCCCUCCAAGUUCGAAGUGCGAGGCUACACCGAACACAAGGCGCCCAAGCCGCCCUCGCCCAGUGCAAGUGUGAUACUCGUCUCACCCACCAACGAGAUCCUUUUGCUGCACCGCGUCCAGACUUCAUCGGCUUUCCCCUCGGCUCAUGUCUUCCCGGGCGGCAACCUCGAGGCAUCCGACGGUGACCUCCCAGCGGACUCGACAGACAUCAACCGUCACCUCGACAGCAUCGCGUAUCGCACGGGAGCUAUCCGCGAACUGUUCGAGGAGUCCGGCAUCUUGCUCGCGCGGGAGUCGAAAGACGCCAAGGCCCUCCUCGCUGUGUCCCGCGACCAAAGACGACAGGGUCGCGAAGCCGUGCAUGGUCACAAGACGACGCUUUCGGCGUGGAUCAAGUCGAUAUCCCCCAAUGCCGUGCUGGACACGGACCGUCUGAUCCCGUUCACGCACUGGGUCACGCCGCCUAAUGUGCCUAAGCGCUUCACCACGCAGAUGUACGUUUACUUCGUGGAGCUCGAGGAGGCUGGGAACCCGUCGGUGCAUGCGACGGCCGACAAGGUUGAGACUAUGGCGCCCAGGUGGCGACGGGCGCGAGACUGGUUGAAUGGCGCACGGAGCGGAGAGAUCAUCUUGUUUCCGCCACAGUUUCUGUUGCUGUAUCUGAUGUCGGAGAUACUGGAUCGUGAGGUCGUGGAUGGACAAGCCGAGGCGAGAGACGAGGUGCUGCGUAAAAGAGAGCAGCUACGGCAUAGAAUUGAGACAGAAGGAUCGCCUUUUUGGAAGGAUAAGUUUAUCAGUCCGAUCGGCCUACAGUUUGGACGAGAGGAUGGGCGGUCGGUGUUGGCAUUGGACAAGCCCGGGCCCGAACUCAAGGGUAGUGGGCUGAAAGGGGAUUCUGACUAUGUCGUACUGGUCAAGUUCAAUAAGGAGGGUCCCAGGCAGCUCGAGGUCGGGUUGCGGAAGGACGUGUUGAAGGACGAAAGGGAUCUUAAGGCGCAAAAGGAGCAGAAGCUAUAA